AUGAAUGUAUCUGCAGCUAAUGUGACGGUGGUUUUAGAUUAUCGGGAUUCCUUUACCAAGGCUGUGAUAAAGAAUGUCAUUGUUGUGGUCCUUAGCAUUUCCAUCAACUACAUCAAUGCAGGAAUCAUUCGUACCUUCUGUGAACACCAGAUCUUCUACACUAAUCCUCGGUACAUCCUGUUUUUUCACUUGGUGAUCAAUGACAUGAUCCAAGUGUCGCUGACUGUGACUCUUUUCAUAAUAAGCUACAUCAUCUACAAGAUACAAGUGUUUGUUUGUUGCAUCUUAAUCCUGACUGCCCUGUUUGCCACUGAAAACACCCCACUGAACCUGGCCUGCAUGGCAGUGGAGUGUUACAUCGCCAUCUGCAUUCCUCUUCGUCAUCCUCAGAUCUGCACAAUCAAAAGAACACGGUUGCUUAUUUCUCUGAUCUGGACCACCAGCAUGUUGUCUGUUCUCCCUGAUCUCUUCAUUACCUUGGCCACAGAACCACUCGACUAUUUUAAUCAACAUGUGUUUUGCCUCAGGGAAACCGCUUUUCGAAAUCCCAAAAUAAUCGAAAGGAGAAAUAUUACCUAUACCGUAUAUCUGGUUCUAGUUUGGUGUGUUAUAUUUUACACUUAUUUUCGGAUAUUAUUCACAGCUAGAUCAGCAAGUAAAGAUGCUAAAAAGGCGAGGAACACAAUCCUCCUCCAUGGAUUUCAGCUUCUGUUGUGUAUGGCAGGGUAUGCAGAACAUCAGGUGAAAGAGGCAGUGUUGCAAUGGUUUCCAAAGUAUUACUCAGACUCUCUGUUUGCUUGUUAUAUAAUUUUCCAAAUACUCCCAAGAUCUAUUAGUUCAAUCAUCUAUGGCAUAAAGGAUAAAACUUUCAGGAAGCAUCUGAAAGGGCACUUAGUAUGUAAGGUGAGUUCACAUUAAUAUUAAUGGAGUGUGUACAUCUAAUUUUGCUUUAUAGUCUUGUAUGAAACCUUAUAUGGAUAUUUCAAUGAACCUUUUCUUCGCCAAAUGAACUUCACUCGAAAAAGAUUCAAUAAUGUGUAUUUAAGGAUUUUAUGAUUUCAACGUUACUGUUCUCUCAUACACGAGGCAUUGUUGGCAGGACCAAAGUGUAGGCAGAGUAAGUAAGUGUAAGUGAUAUUCAUAAAUCAAAUGAGAAACUUACAGCAGGAGACUUGGAAAAUAGGCAGUGAAACAAGCAGGGAAGUGGAGCGUAAGUUUCGUAUUGAAUGUCUGUGCCAGUAGCUUGCUGAGUUCUGCUGAUUUAAUUAUGGUGCCCUUUUGGCUCAUUACAAAGACGAAAAGAAAGAAAGAAAAAAAUAAUAAUAAAAAAGAAAGAAAGCCAAGAGGAAUUAUGCAGUGCUGGGAAUACAGUGUGAACAUUAGUGUUCACUGAAGCCAGAGAAGCAUUCUGGUUUUGCUGCUUGGUCGAUGGAUAGAGUACACAGCAUUGCUAAUACUGAUACUAGGGAUGACAAUGCUAUUAUUAGGCUUCUUAUCUAUAGUAGUAUUAUAAAGUAUAAUAAAGAUUUUCAGCAUGUAAUGGAUGCAAUACUUACCAUUGUUUAAGUUUCAUAAUAUAAGCUAGAAAUUAUUUUAUCAAGUAUUACAACCAUACUAGCACUGAUAGAAGAAUGGACACAUUUACUCGCUUAGCAAGUUAAUUCACCAUCACUGGGCAAGUUAUUGCAUCUCCAUGUCCAUGUGUCAUGUAAACAAGCCAGCUAUCAUAGAUGGUUUUCAAAAGUUACUUCCUAAAUUUAACUGUCCAGUGAAUAUGAAUAUU